AUGUAGGUUUUGGAACAACUCAGUGCCAGUUUUCUCGAAAGCGACGUACACUGUCCGUUCCUUUAGAAUCCGGCGAAAUGAGAAGAUUGCAUGCUAUGUCACAGUCAGAGGUGACAAGGCCAUGCAACUUUUGGAAAGUGGUCUGAAAGUAAAGGAAUAUGAACUGUUGCGAAGAAACUUCAGUGAUACUGGAUGCUUUGGUUUUGGCAUACAGGAGCAUAUUGAUCUCGGGAUUAAGUAUGAUCCGUCCACUGGUAACUAUGGCAUGGUUUUUUAUGUUGUCUUGGAGCGCCCUGGCUACCGUGUGAGCCGUCGCCGCAGGUGCAAGUCAAGAAUUGGCAUUCAACAGAGAGUCACCAAGGAGGAUGCUAUGAAGUGGUUCCAAGUUAAAUACGAGGGAGCCAUCCUCAACAAAGCUCAGACAACAAGUUAGAACUUGAAACAACUUAACCUUGGAACUCGACCUGGGGCUAAAAUUAUUUUACACCAGGAGUUAUUUUAAAACACUAUUUUGGUGGUUGUGCCCAACAAAACUCGUUACUUACUGGAGUUAAGAUCUGUUUUGGUGCUAUUAUGAAUUUUUGGUCAAUCUUUCUGAUGCUGUCAGAAUCUCCAUUCCUGCAACUCCGGACCUUCUAUUCUGCCGUAGCACGUAGGUUGGGGAUUCGUACCGGUAGAGCCUCCGGUCUUCGAGAGCCAGGCAAGCCUCCAAUGAACUUCCAAUCCUCUGGCUCACGUGUACAUUCACAAUGCCUCCAGUCUUCUGGACACUACUGCCUCCUUGCAACUCUAUCUACGAUUUGCAACGCCUCAAUGUCGUUAAAUCGCCUCAAUGUCGUUAACAUUGUGAUUGGAGAUUUUUUUUUAAUUUACCGUUAUAUUUGAAUGAUGUCCCAAAAUAAUUAUCUUUUGAUUUAUAUUUAUUUAUUAGAUCAAUACAAUUUCA